GUUUAAAAAAUAAGAGGACGAUAUAAAUUGAUGUGAUACAUUUAUCAUUAAGAUUUCCCAACAAAUUAUGACCUGCCAUUAAUUGUACUAAUGUCCAGUUCAAUAUUGAUUACGUGUACAAAUGCUAUCCAAACUUGUUAGUACCCACCAUUGUCUACAAUGAACGACGAACAGAAGACAUUGAAAUAUUUGGAGGAAGUAGAGGCUAAAGCUGAAGAAAUUUUGAGGGAUAGGCAAGAAGUUAUCAUGCUGGACAAACGAAGAAAUGACGAUAGAAUGGGAGAGCGUGCAUUGCAGAAACAGAAGUCUGACAAAACUUGGAUGGCUGUUGGACCAUUGUUGAUUAAAAUGAAGACAAAGUCAGCCCAAGAGUUGCUAGUGAAAGAUCAAAGAGAGUGCGAUAUUGAAAUCAACAAAAUCAGGAGCGAGUUAAAAGCUAAAGUAAACGAGCUCCGUGACUUAGAACAUAUUCAGCCUGUGCCAGGACUUAUGUUAAAUCCAAUGUCCCGUGUGGAAAUGUCUGCCAUCAACCAAGUUCUUGGCAAGAGUCUUUAAUUUGUAUAGCUAAGCAAAGGAACUCCGGUUAAAAUCCUUGAUAAUCUUUGAUAACGAUACCUGAUUAUCUGUAAAUAGUUGAAUAAGAGUCUGAAUAAUUAGUGCAAUUUUCAAAGAAAAUUUAGCCUGAACAACUGGAUAUUGAUGAUACAUAUUUGGCAUCUGGUUUAUUGGAACCAAAAAGUUCCUUCAUAGUCCAGUAUUCUCAAUCGUCAGAUAAUUAUUUUGUAAAAUUCGUAAGUUUCAAAUAAAAUGUGAUGAUACGUAAUCAUAAA